AACAAUAGCGAUAGGAGAGAGAAACAGCGAGAGAAGCGGCGGAGUGCGGCGUUUUUCUCUGGGUGGAGGAUCUUUUGGAAUCUCUAGCUUGGGUUUGGCAGUUGCCGGGAAUCGAAGAUCUUUUGCUUCUUCCUAGCUUUUAUCGAUAUAGAGCGAACCCGUCCGACGAAGAACGCGUCGUCCCGAACGGCUCUUUGAUCGACUCUUUCUCCGGCGUUUCUUUGUUCGAUUCUUCAUAAAUCUACUUCCUUUUACCUGAAACCUGGUUGAGAGUUUCAGCAAGCUCGUAAAGAUCUAAACUUUGUUCCAAAACCUCAAAGAAUGAGUGGUCUUUCGCCUAUGGCCUCCGCUGACCCGUGCUCGGCUUUAAAGCUUGGCGCAGGGACGUUGGCGCCUUCUUGCGUUGCGCACUACAAGAGGAACGACCGCCGUGGAAGCAGGGCCGUGUGGUUCUCUGCCUUGCGACGAUCUCAUACUAUCUCCUCGGAGAGCCGUUUUCUUGGUAUACAAAGGCACCAUCCACGGCGCACCGACGACCUCACACGUUGUUUGAUGCCGAAGCGGAACGUCGUUGCCACCUCUCGAUCCCCAUCAACGUCCAUGUCUGAGUUGCCAGAGAAGCCCAUGGGUCUUUAUGAUCCCUCCUUCGAGAAAGACUCUUGUGGUGUCGGAUUUAUUGCUGAGCUAUCCGGCGAAUAUAGCCAUAAAACAGUUGACAAUGCACUGCAGAUGCUGGAGAGGAUGGCGCACCGUGGUGCUUGUGGCUGCGAGGCUAACACUGGCGAUGGGGCUGGCAUCCUUGUAGCUCUUCCGCACGAGUUCCUCAACGAGGUAACCAAAGAUUUGGGGUUUGAACUGCCACCACCCAGUAAGUAUGCUGUUGGCAUGUUCUUCAUGCCAACUGAUGAUAGCCGCAGGGAGAAAAGCAAAGCUGCAUUCGUGGAGGUUGCAGAAUCCUUGGGGCAUGUUAUUCUUGGCUGGCGUCCGGUACCAACAAAUAAUACGGAGCUUGGUGAGUCUGCUCGACGGACAGAGCCAAUCAUUGAGCAAGUUUUUCUUACUCCAAGUGCACAAUCCAAUGCUGAUUUUGAGCAACAGAUGUAUAUAUUAAGGAGAUUCUCAAUGGUUUCUGUUCGAGCUGCUUUGAAUCUGAAGCGUGGUGCAGCGAAGGAAUUCUAUAUAUGCUCAUUGUCUUCGAGGACUAUUGUUUACAAAGGUCAGCUAAAGCCUGUUCAGCUGAAAAACUACUAUUAUGCAGAUCUUGGUGACAAAAAGUUUACGAGUUACAUGGCCCUGGUGCAUUCUCGAUUCUCCACAAACACAUUUCCCAGCUGGGACCGUGCACAACCAAUGCGUGUAGUGGGUCACAAUGGAGAAAUCAACACUUUACGAGGAAACAUAAACUGGAUGAGGGCACGGGAGGGUCUCUUAAAGUGCAAGGAAUUAGGCUUAUCGGAAGAUGGAAUGAAGCAAAUUUUACCAAUUGUUGAUGCUAGCUCAUCCGAUUCAGGGGCAUUUGAUGGUGUUCUUGAGCUGUUGGUUCGUUCUGGUAGGAGCAUGCCAGAAGCUGUCAUGAUGAUGAUACCUGAGGCAUGGCAGAAUGAUAAAAACAUGGAUUCUGAAAGGAAGGCUUUGUAUGAAUAUUUCUCAGCUCUCAUGGAGCCCUGGGAUGGACCUGCUCUCAUUUCAUUUACUGAUGGUCGCUAUCUUGGAGCAACACUUGAUCGCAAUGGGUUGAGACCUGGUCGGUUUUAUAUUACACAUAGUGGCCUUGUUAUUAUGGCCAGUGAAGUAGGCGUUGUAGAUAUCCCUCCGGACGAAGUGGCCAGGAAAGGAAGGCUAAACCCAGGAAUGAUGCUGCUGGUGGAUUUUGAACAUGGCAUUGUUGUUGAUGAUGAGGCACUGAAGAGACAGUACUCACAAGCUAGACCAUAUGGAAAGUGGCUUAAGAGACAGAAGAUUUGUCUUGAAGACAUUGUCAAUUCUGUUUCCAAAAGUGACAUGGUUCCUCCAUGCAUUUUCGGAGCAGUUCUGUUCCAGGGUGAUGAGAAAAUUGAGAACACAGGAAUUAGUGGUCUUUUGGCACCACUUAAGGCCUUUGGUUACACAGUAGAAACUUUGGAGAUGCUGAUGCUGCCUAUGGCAAAAGAUGCCAGUGAAGCUCUUGGCUCAAUGGGAAAUGAUACUCCCUUGGCUGUGAUGUCAGGUAGAGAGAAACUGACAUUUGAGUACUUUAAGCAGAUGUUUGCGCAAGUCACAAACCCUCCAAUUGAUCCAAUAAGGGAGCAAAUUGUAACUUCUAUGGAAUGUAUGAUCGGUCCAGAAGGUGACCUCACGGAAACCACAGAAAAACAGUGCAAUCGCCUUUCUUUGAAGGGGCCUCUUCUUUCCAUAGAAGAAAUGGAAGCUAUAAAAAAAAUGGACUAUAGAGGUUGGCGCAGCAAAGUUCUUGACAUCACAUAUCCAAAAAAGCAUGGCCGAAAAGGUCUAGAGCAGACUUUGGAUAGGAUUUGUUCUGAAGUUCGCGAGGCUAUUGGUGAUGGUUAUACAACAAUUGUCUUGUCUGACAGAGGUUUUUCAUCAGAGCAUGUUGCUGUUAGUUCUCUGUUAGCAGUUGGGGCUGUUCAUCAACAUCUAGUCUCAACACUAGAGAGGACACACAUUGGAUUGAUUGUGGAAUCUGCAGAGCCUCGUGAAGUGCAUCACUUUUGUACCCUAGUUGGAUUUGGUGCAGAUGCCAUAUGCCCAUAUUUGGCUAUAGAAGCAAUUUGGCGACUGCAAAUUGAUGGAAAGAUCCCUCCAAAAGAAGAUGGUGAGUUUCACUCCAGAGAGGAUCUUGUCAACAAGUAUUUUAAAGCAAGCAAUUAUGGAAUGAUGAAAGUCAUAGCCAAAAUGGGGAUAUCCACUCUUGCAUCAUACAAAGGUGCACAAAUUUUUGAAGCUGUAGGUAUUUCAUCUGAGGUGAUCGAGAAGUGCUUCAAACGAACACCAAGCAGAGUUGAGGGUGCAACAUUUGAAAGUCUUGCUGGAGAUGCUCUUUGCCUUCAUGAAUUAGCAUUUCCAAUGAGAGCUUUACCUCCAGGUAGUGCAGAAGCAGUAGCACUUCCUAAUCCUGGGGAUUACCACUGGAGGAAAGGGGGUGAAUUGCACCUUAAUGAUCCCCUUGCAAUUGCAAAGUUGCAAGAGGCAGCCCGAUCUAACAGUGUGGCUGCAUACAAAGAAUAUUCUAAACUGAUACAGCAGCUGAAUAAGGGCUGCAACUUGCGUGGUAUGCUGAAGUUUAAAGAUGUCACUGGAAAAAUUUCCUUGGAUGAAGUGGAACCUGCUAGGGAAAUUGUGAAGCGUUUCUGUACUGGUGCAAUGAGUUAUGGUUCAAUAUCUUUAGAAGCACAUACAACUCUAGCUAUUGCAAUGAACAAACUUGGAGGCAAAUCUAACACUGGUGAGGGAGGUGAACAACCUUCACGUAUGGAGCCUCUUUCAGAUGGUUCAAUGAAUCCAAAGAGGAGUGCAAUUAAGCAAGUGGCAAGUGGAAGAUUUGGUGUGUCAAUAUACUAUCUUACCAAUGCUGAUGAGCUUCAGAUAAAGAUGGCACAGGGUGCUAAACCAGGAGAAGGAGGUGAACUUCCUGGACAUAAGGUCAUUGGUGAUAUUGCAGUAACAAGAAAUUCUACAGCUGGUGUAGGGCUUAUUAGUCCUCCACCCCACCAUGAUAUAUACUCAAUUGAGGACCUUGCCCAAUUAAUUUUUGAUCUUAAGAAUUCGAAUCCAGGAGCUCGAAUUAGCGUUAAGCUAGUUUCUGAGGCUGGCGUUGGGGUAAUUGCUAGUGGGGUUGUAAAAGGGCACGCAGACCAUGUAUUGAUAUCUGGCCAUGAUGGUGGUACUGGAGCUUCUCGUUGGACUGGCAUUAAAAAUGCAGGGCUUCCUUGGGAGCUUGGGUUGGCUGAGACACAUCAAACUCUUGUUGCAAAUGACCUUCGUGGGCGAGCAGUCUUGCAAACUGAUGGUCAGCUUAAGACUGGACGGGAUGUUGCCAUAGCUGCUCUACUUGGUGCAGAAGAGUUUGGUUUCAGUACUGCACCUCUUAUAACACUUGGCUGCAUUAUGAUGCGGAAGUGCCAUAAGAACACUUGCCCCGUUGGCAUAGCCACUCAAGAUCCUGUUCUUCGUCAAAAAUUCGCAGGGCAACCUGAGCAUGUUAUAAAUUUUUUCUUCAUGUUGGCAGAAGAAGUCCGUGAGAUCAUGGCCCAGCUGGGCUUUCAAACCGUUAAUGAGAUGAUUGGCCGUGUGGACAUGUUAGAGGUUGAUAAAGAAGUCAUUUUGAGCAAUGAAAAAUUGAAAAAUAUCAAUCUCUCAUUACUGCUUAAACCGGCAGCUGAAAUUAGGCCAGGUGCUUCUCAGUAUUGCAUUCAGAAACAGGAUCAUGGUCUGGACUUGGUAUUAGAUCAAAAACUGAUUACUCUAUCAAAAGCUGCUCUGGACAAAGGUUUGCCUGUAUUUAUUGAGACCCCAAUUUAUAAUGUAAAUCGUACUGCUGGCACCAUGCUUAGCCAUGAAGUCACUAAACUCUACCAUAUGAAAGGAUUACCUCCUGAUACAAUCCACAUUAGGCUAAAUGGAAGUGCUGGUCAGAGUCUUGGGGCAUUUCUUUGCCCUGGUAUCACACUUGAGCUUGAAGGAGACAGCAAUGACUAUGUUGGGAAAGGGUUAUCUGGUGGCAAGAUUGUAGUUUAUCCUCCAAGAGAAAGUAAGUUUGAUCCGAAGGAAAACAUAGUUAUUGGUAAUGUUGCUUUGUAUGGAGCUAUAAAAGGGGAGGCAUAUUUUAAUGGAAUGGCAGCGGAGAGGUUCUGCGUACGUAACUCGGGUGCUACAGCAGUUGUAGAAGGUGUUGGUGAUCAUGGAUGCGAGUAUAUGACUGGUGGUAUUGUUGUUAUACUUGGGAAAACUGGGAGGAACUUUGCAGCUGGAAUGAGUGGUGGAAUUGCUUAUGUCCUUGAUGUGGAUGGGAAGUUUGAAGCUCGAUGCAACCUUGAGCUAGUUGAUCUUGAAAAUGUUGAGGAUGAAGAGGACAUUACAACACUAAGAAUGAUGAUACAGCAACAUCAGCGCCAUACAAAAAGUCAGUUAGCGAAGGAAAUCCUGUCCAAUUUUAACAAUCUACUGUGCAAGUUUGUAAAGGUAUUUCCUCGAGAUUAUAAGGGGGUACUUCAGAAUUUAAAGGCAGAGCAAGCUUCUAAAGAAGCCAAGAAAAAAGACAAAAAAGAGCUGAUGAAGGAUGUUUCUGCAGUAUCUAAGUUGGCAACUGAACGUUCUGAUAAGAAGGAGACAACGAAUAGGCCAACACAGGUUGAUAAUGCUAUUAAGCAUCGUGGUUUUCUUGCAUAUGAGCGUCACGGCAUAUCUUAUAGAGAUCCAAAUAAUCGAAUUAAAGAUUGGAAGGAAGUUGCUGUGGAGUUGAAGCCUGGGCCACUUACAAAAACCCAAUCUGCCCGUUGCAUGGAUUGUGGAACCCCUUUCUGUCAUCAGGAUCAAUCUGGGUGCCCUCUUGGAAAUAAGAUACCUGAAUUCAAUGAACUUGUCCACCAAAAUAGGUGGCGUGAAGCUUUAGAUCGACUCCUAGAAACAAACAACUUCCCAGAAUUUACUGGUCGAGUUUGCCCUGCUCCAUGUGAAGGAUCUUGUGUUCUGGGUAUCAUUGAGAACCCUGUGUCUAUUAAGAGUAUAGAAUGUGCCAUCAUUGACAAAGGUUUUGAGGAAGGAUGGGUGAAACCUCGACCUCCACAACGGAGAACUGGGAAGAAGGUCGCCAUAGUUGGUAGUGGCCCAGCUGGUCUAGCCGCAGCUGAUCAGCUAAACAAAAUGGGUCACCUGGUAACUGUUUAUGAGCGUGCUGACCGUAUGGGGGGAUUAAUGAUGUAUGGAGUUCCCAACAUGAAGGCAGACAAGUUUUACAUUGUUCAACGUCGUGUAAACCUAAUGAAAGAGGAAGGUGUUAAGUUUGUGGUCAAUGCCAAUGUUGGAGUAGAUCCAUUGUACUCCCUUGACCAUCUUCGUGCCGAAAACGAUGCAAUAGUUUUGGCUUGUGGAGCUACAAAACCUAGGGAUCUGACAGUUCCUGGAAGGGAGCUCUCUGGUAUUCAUUUUGCCAUGGAAUUUCUUCAUGCAAACACCAAAAGCUUGCUUGAUAGCAAUCUUGAUGAUGGUAAAUACAUAUCUGCCAAGGAUAAGAAAGUGGUUGUGGUAGGCGGAGGAGAUACAGGAACAGAUUGUAUUGGGACCUCCAUCCGACAUGGUUGUACCAAUAUUGUAAACUUGGAACUCCUUCCUAUACCUCCCCGAAAAAGAGCACCUGGCAACCCAUGGCCCCAGUGGCCUAGGAUCUUCCGAGUAGAUUAUGGUCACCAAGAAGCAACCGCCAAGUUUGGAAAAGACCCGAGAUCAUAUCAGGUUUUGACAAAGAGAUUUGUGGGAGAUGAAAAUGGAGUUGUGAAAGGCCUUGAGGUGGUACAAGUGUGUUGGGAAAAAGAUAGUGGAGGAAGAUUACAGUUCAAGGAAGUCGAAGGUUCUGAAAAGAUAUUUGAGGCUGAUCUAGUCCUAUUGGCUAUGGGUUUCCUUGGCCCAGAAUCGACAAUUGCUGAUCAACUGGGUGUGGAAAGAGACAACCGUUCAAACUUCAAAGCAGAUUUCGGAUGCUUCUCAACCAAUGUGGAAGGAGUAUUUGCCGCUGGCGAUUGUAGGCGCGGCCAGUCACUGGUCGUUUGGGCCAUCAGCGAGGGCAGACAAGCAGCCUCUCAUGUCGACAAGUACCUAAUGAGAGAUGAAACUAAUGCCACGAAGAACGGUGUUGCAGUUGCAUAGAUACGCUUCACUCCAGGAUGUAACAGGACAGUUCUAAAACCAACUAGUUAAGUAUCCAGCUAGUGAGUCCGGCCGACUGUAUCUUCUGGUUGAAUCCAAGUUUGAGAUAUUGUUGUGCAGUAAAGUAAGUAGUGUUAAUUAUCUAGCUGAACGACGUCGUAUUUAUGCGUUUUGGAGUUGUAUUUGUUUCUGUUCUUGUCUUUCACAAGCUGUAUUGUGGCUUAGAAACAGUGUUAAGUUCUCUCCAUUGUUCAAAUAAAAGAUGCAAAAUUGAUCUCUGAAA